AUGUUCCCCAGGAACUGGGAAUUUGAAGCUGAGCAGCUGAUUCUACUGUGGAUAGCACAAGGUUUUGUGCACCCAGAUGGUUCCAGGAGAUUGGAGGACAUUGGGAAAGAAUACAUAAAUGAUCUACAAAACAAGUCAUUCUUCACGAUACAGAAGAAAGAAUUUGUCAGCUAUUAUGUGAUACCACCUGUAAUUUAUGAGCUUGCAAAAUCAGUUGCAGCUGAAGAAUGCUUCAGAAUAGGAGGUGAUGAAUGGACAAGAAUCCCAUCAUCAGUACGCCAUCUAUCAGUACAUCUAGAUAGCCUUUCAGCACUUGAUGACACAAUCCCAUACAAGAAUUUACGCACUCUCAUUUUCCUCCCUAGCAGAACAGUGGCUGCAAUCAAUGUUUCCAUCCCUCCAGUGGCUCUCAAUAACAUAAGAAGCCUCCGUGUGUUGGAUUUAUCCCUGUGCAUGAUGGACAGACUUCCUGAUAGCAUAUCAAAUUGUGUGCACCUCCGAUACCUAAAUAUCUCAUCUACUACCAUCACUACAGUACCAGAAUUCUUGUGCAAACUCUACCACCUACAGGUUCUGAAUUUAUCAGGUUGCAGGCUUGGAAAAUUGCCUUCCAGAAUGAACAACUUGGUCAAUCUACGACAUCUCACAGCAGCUAAUCAGAUUAUUUCAGCCAUAACAAACAUUGGCAGGCUGAAAUGCCUUCAGAGAUUGCCAACUUUCAAGGUUACCAGAGAGAGAACACAAAGUAUAGUUCAGCUUGGGUACCUACUAGAACUCCAAGGAUCCCUACAGAUCAGAAACCUUGAGAAUAUUGAUGCUCCAAAUGAGGCAAAGGAAGCCAUGCUUUGUAAGAAACGCCAGCUCUCUGUGCUGCAGCUAAUGUGGGCAUCUGAUCGAGAUGAGGUAAAUGGAAGAAGGGAAGAGGAUGUGCUAGAAGCUCUCCAACCGCACGAAAAUCUAAAGAGACUAGACAUCGUGGGUUGGAUGGGAUUCAAAUCGCCUAAUUGGCUUGAGAACGAAUGGCUAAGCAAUCUUGAGCUUAUUUUCCUAAGUGGCUGCAAUGCGUGGGAGCAGCUUCCACCACUUGGUCAGCUUCCCUCCAUCCGAAUAAUCUGGUUGCAGCGUUUGAAAAUGUUGAGGCAGAUAGGCCCAUAUGGCAUUGGCAGCCAAAUGGAGACAUUUCAGUCACUAGAAGAGCUGGUGCUUGAUGACAUGCCAGAACUCAAUGAGUGGUUAUGGAGUGGCCAGACAAUGAGGAAUUUACAGAACGUUGUGAUCAAGGACUGCAAUAAGCUCAAAGCGCUGCCUCCGGUACCUCCUAACCUUACAGAGAUAACAAUUGCAGGGAAAGGAUUAUCUGCACAAAUGAACACAGAAAUAAUUGCAAGGUUUAGGUCACUUAGAAGCAUUAUCACUGAUCAAAUGACAAUACUAAGGUGUUCUCUUUUAAAAGAAAGGCUUGAGCUCAUUGAGAGCCUAGACAUCCAAGAUUGCUCAGAGAUCACCUCCUUCAGUGCAGACGAUGAUGAUAUCCUCCUACAGCUAAAGUCACUCCAGAACUUAUGUAUAUCUGGUUGCAACACUCUGAGAUCACUUCCUUCCACUCUAUCCAGCGUGCAAUCCCUGGAUAAGCUGGUCUUAUGGAACUGCCCUGUGUUGGAAUCACUGACAGAGGAACCACUGCCUCUAUCAGUUAGGAAGAUUGAAGUUGCACUCUGUCACCCACUGCUCAAGGAGAGGCUCAUAAAAGAAUAUGGAGUUGACUGGCCAAAGAUUGCACACAUCCCUUGGAUUGAAAUAGAUGGUGAAAUUUUGUAG